UUUUAUUAUGAAGAUGAAAAUGUUGGGAAACAAUUGAAAAUUGUUUUCCUGGGCGAAUCUAGUGUUGGAAAGACAAGUAUUAUAAGAAGAUUUUGUUAUGAUGAAUUUACAAGACAAUAUAAUCAGACCAUCGGCGCUGAUUUUUAUAUUAGACGACUUGUUUUACCCGGACGCCAUGAGGUCACUGUAAGAAUAACUGAUGUUGGUGGAUUUGAAUUUCAUGGACAUAUGCUAGCGAAUUAUUUGUUCAACUCAAACUUGAUUAUUUUGGUAUACGAUAUAACCAACUCAGUAAGUUUUGAUUGCUUACCUCUAUGGAUAGACGCUAUCAAACGUAUUAUUGACAAUCCCCCUAUUUGUGCAAUCAUUGGAAAUAAAUGUGAUCUUGAACAUCAAAGAGCUGUUCGAUUAGAUAAAACAAAACACUUUCUUCAAGAUUAUAGGCUAUAUAACUUUCUGUUAUCGGCAAAAACAGGAGAGGCUGUUAAUUCCAGUCUAAUGGAUUUGAUCGCAAAACAUUUUAAAAUUCCCUUGACACGAAUUGAAAAAGAACAUCAAGAAUCCAUUGUAAAAGUCGAAUUAAUUCCAGCAUCAGCUGGACAGAAUCGGCCAUCAGGAGUUGCUGCAUCAACUUCUUCAGUGUGUUGUGUGCAAUAAAUCUUCCACUUUAUACAUACAAACUUUAAAUAAAACAUCCAAAGCA